CGAAUAGUCGUGCGCCGUCCGUCGCCGAAUCCGCACGCAUGCGUCUCGACCUUCUAUAUUAUUUUAACUGCUUGCGCCGUAGGAAUCUACCGCCGAAAAUGUCGCGAGUGAUCCUAAUAGUAUCUCUAGUCAUUAGCUUUUUAAGUCUCCAAUGUGAGAUGUUAGGUACGUGCGCGAAUUGCGCGAAUGGGGAUCUGACUGUAGCUGAACUUAAUCACGCCAGGAUAGCGUUCGUUAAGCAGCAAAUCCUGAAGAAGCUGAGGCUGAGCAAGAAGCCGAUUGUCGGCCUUCCGGUGAACAGCCUGCCGAUGCCGGUAGCUCAGGGCCAGACGCUGAGCGAGAGGACAGACAAGCCGCCAGAGUUCGACGAUUAUUAUGGAAGAACAGAGCAGAAGAUCAUAUUUCCAGUGGAAGGUGAAUGUUUAACAUCAGGCCGGUACCCCUUCAAGUGUCUCCAGUUCGAGUUACCACCAGAUGUGGAGCCUGAAGAGGUAGCCGUUGUCGAGCUGUGGUUCUACAAGGAACGUGACCCUUUGGACGAAUACAACCAGACCUUCGUCAUCUCUGAAGCGGCUCACUGGGACAGCCAGCAGCAAUUCAAGAAGACCAGGCCUAUUGCCAUCAAGGAGACGGAUACCGGCGAAGGCUGGGUCCGAGUGGAAUUAGCCUGGGCUGUGAGGGUCUGGCUAGAGGGCCGCGAGAGACUGCAUACGCUACACGUUGCCUGUAGAACUUGCCAGCUGCGCCGCGCACCUCUGUCCUUCCACAAAAAACACCGUCCAUUCCUAGUGUUAUACACCAAGUAUGCUGGUAAAAGGCGCCGUGGCCGAGCGGUGGACUGCUCAGCGACCACCAGCGAGUGCUGCCGGGAGCCACUGUACGUGAGCUUCAAGGAACUCGGUUGGGAUGACUGGAUCAUUAGGCCGGAAGGCUACCACGCCUACUUCUGUAAAGGAACCUGCGCCCCUAUAUCCGCUGUCACCACCGCGGAAAGUUACCAUCACCAUAUUAUUAGGAAAUAUUUCUAUACAGUUACAAAUAAGAAGAUUCAGUUCAACCCGUGCUGUGCGCCGACCACGUUCAGCUCAUUACAGUUAUUGUACGUGGACUCGAACAAUACGGUGACGCAGAAAACCUUACCCAACAUGGUAGUAGAAUCCUGUGGAUGUAUGUGACCACUAUGUGAUAUAGACAAAGUGAUCCCGUGAACUUGUGUCGCCUUACAACUUAUUUAUUUAAUCUACUUACGUAGGCUGAAUACAUUGUGUUCUUUGCAUGAAUUGAUUCUGGUGUAAAAAAAAUCAUCUACGCAGUUUUUUACAUUACAUGUGUUGUAAGUGUUUUUGACGGACAUAAAAUACUUCGAAGACUUCUUAUAUGACAUAGCGUGGACAAUUAAUUUAGUAUUAGGUGUAUUUCGAAUUGACGUGUGAUUUUUAAAUAAGUCAUAUUUUUAUGUAUAUAAUUGUUUUGAUUGUGUGAAUGUAUGGAGGAACAAAAGAUGUGAUAUUUUUUAAUUCUCCAAUAUAGAUACUUAAAUAGGAUAGGAAAUAUAUUUUACUGUGGUUCGGCAAAUUUCUACUUUUAACAUCUAAUAUUGUAUGAAUUAAAUGUUCUCAACUCACGUUUUUACGAUAAAUUGAAAAAUGGAUUAUUAAACAAACUGAUAUUAAGCCACUUUAUAAAAACGUCGACUUUUCAUAAACUAUUGUAGUUAUUGAACUCUUUUAUCUCGUUUAUAUACUGAAUUCUUAAUUUGAAAUGACAAAACAGUGUUUAUAAUUAAAAAAAUUAUUUUAGUGAUACAGCUAAAAAGGUACAAACCUGUUUACAUGUAAAUCGUAUAUAUUUAUGUCUAUAGGUGAUUUACUUCUUGUUUACAGUAAAUUUGUUGUUAAUAAAAUUAGAUCAUACCUACUUAAUUAGUACGUAAUCUGGUACAGACUAAUUAAUAUAAGAUUUUCUCGAAUGUAAUCGUUUAAUUAUUUCAGUGUCUAUUAAAUGAGAGAAUUGCCAACACUAAAUAUGAUUCAUGUACGUACAAAUUAUUUAAUUGUCUAUGUUUUUUUUUUUAAUAUGAUUGAAUAAUUAAUGUGAUGUUAGUCAACAAAUUAGGUAUUUAAAGGUAUUUAGUGUUGAAUAUUUUCAUUUCAAUUUAUAAUAGUGCAUUAUUCCAGUGAAAAUGUUCUUAUCCCAUUGUUUAUUGCCUACUUAAAUUUUAAAUUGUGAUAUAGUUAAUUUUAAACUACAUAAUUAUAAAUUAUUUAAUGUUUUUGUAAAAUUCUUAAUCUAUCAAAUGUAUCUAUGACCCAGUUGAGUAAUUGAUUCUUAACUUUUGACAUUUUUUGACCGAUUAAGAGUUUUACUUGUACAUUUAAACAGGUGCCUAAAUGAAUGUUGUAUCAAUUGGUCAUCUGUUGAAAUUAAAUUAAUUAUAGUACAUUUAUCAAUGCAUUUAUUAUUUAGAUUUAAUAUAUUUUGAUAUGCAAACAUAUACUUAUGAGAAAAACUGAAUUUGCUUUAGUAAUUAAGUCUAGUAGCGAGUAUUUAGCUGCUAAACAUGUCUCAGUAAAACAAUUAACCUAAUGUUUAUUUAGAUAUACGUAUAUUACAUAACUCGUCACUUGACUACAUUAAAUUAACUUAUUCUAUGUUCUCCAUCUGAGCGUAUAUGCUCAUGACCUAAGAACAAGGAAUUACAUAGAAGGAAUGAUAAAAUAAAAACUGUAAAUAAUAUGGUUACCUCCUUUUUUAUUAUGCAAAUAUAAUUAGUAAAAAGAGGACGAAAGGUACACUAUAAAUUGCUAUUUUUGUCAAUUCAUAGCAGGCUAAUGUAUAAAAAAUGUUUGAUUUGGCCAUUAUUUGUCAAUGACAAAUUGUACAUUACUAGAUUAUAUAUUCGACACAGUUUAUGUAGAAAGUAUGCAAGCAGGUUGUAUCUGAAUUUGGUAGGGUUAUACAGCCGUAUAACAUUUUCUACUACAUAUGAUUUACAGAUUUUAUUUUAUCAUUCAUUCUAUGUAAUUUCUUGUUCUUAGCUCAUGACUGUAAUCUGUGAUGGUACAGAGGCAUUUGUCGAUUGUUCGUGUGAAUUCUAUCAAAGAAAUUGUGAUUUGUAAAAAUGUUUUUGUCUUCAGUUUUUCUGUUAUGUAUUUCUGUGCAUAUGGAAAUGUUUUAUUAUUGUAUUUACGUUAACUGUAACAUACGUAUGAUAAAUUAUCAAUCUAUUAUAUAAUAUAGUUUAAGUUUAAUUAGCCGAGAAUUUAUAAUAAUCGCUUAUAAUAGGUAGGUGUUUUUAUAAAUUAAUAACGGGUCGAUUCUGAAUUUUUGAAAAUUAUUCUUUUAUAAAUUAAAUUCCGUUAUUGUUGAUCCAAAAAAUCAUUACAUUAAAUUAUUAAUUUAAAAUGUUAAUUUUAAAAAAAGGUUUAGGAAUAUAAUUUCAGAAUCGAUGCCAAUAUAAUUAUUAAUUUUGGCAAAAAACCGACUUAAAUUUUAACAAAUUCGAAUGGGCUCAUUCCAAAGCCAAUUAAAUAAUUAAUCAUGACAUUUGAUUCUUAAUUAAAAGACAGCGUUUAAUAUAAACACAAAAAACAGUCUAAUUGAAAAGCUACCAAUUUCAAAUAAGGUUGAAAUUUGUUGAAAAAUAAUGAAUACGUAAAAUUUUGUAAAUUAUUAUUUUUCAAUUAACAUAUUACUGUGUAUUGAUUUUAAAUGUCAGUUUUUUUCUUAAGUCUCACGAGACUU